AUGUACUUUAUGGGUCUUUAUUUUGCUCUCGUCCUGAAGGCCACACCAAGUGAGGCUGGUAAAUACUUGCUGUACUACCUCCCUGGACUGGCUGUUGGUGCCUACAUCGCGCAGCAUGCAACGAACACAUGGCCAAGGGAGACAUUCCCACCACUCUUCCUAGGCUCCACUACCUCGGCCGUCGGCAUCACCGUGCUGGCAUGGGCCACCCACGAGGGGACCACGAACACCAUCCUGGGCAUGAUGGCGUUGACGGGCCACGGCGUCGGGAUGCGGAUGAGCCCGAGCGCCUUGCACGGGCUCGCUAUGAUCGAGGAAAGCUGCCUGACAUCAGGUCCAAGUCUCGAUGGUGACUUUAGCAACCAAGUUCGAGCAGACCACAUGCAGUCUCGUGAUAAAAUGGCUCGCGGUUCUUGA